UAUUCCACAUUUUUCUUUUUAAAAUACCUUCUAUAUCAACUUUAAUAUCAUCUAUAGACAUUAUAUAUAUAUACAUAUAUGUAAUCCCGUUUCUAAAUUAUUCUAUAUUGUAAACAAACAGCCAGUAGAGAGAAGAAGAAAUCAAUUUCUACCUUUUUUCCAAUCCCUUAAAUAUUAUUUCACAUUUAUUCUUUUAAAAUUACCUUCAUUAUCAAUUUUAAUAACAUCUAAACACUAUAUAUAUACAUAUAUAAUUCGGUGUUUCUAAAAUAUUCUAUAUUUUAAACAAACAACCAGUAGAGACAAGAAAAACCCAUCAAUUUCUACCUUUUUUUCCAAUCCCUUGAAUAUUAUUUCACAUUUAUUCUUUCAAAAUACCUUCCAUAUCAACUUUAAUAUCAUCUAAACAUUAUAUAUAAUCCCCUGUUUCUAAAAUAUUCUAUAUUACCUGAAAGCAUUCCAUAUACAUUGCAGAGACUGGACACAAUUUUGAAUCUGUAAACAUAUCUUGCCUUAAUUUCUAAACAUCCAAAAUAAUCCACACAUGUCAUAUCAAACCUGCAUUACACAACAAAACACUUCUGUUGCUUCUUUAAUAAUCUCUCCUUUACAUUAAGUCAAUCGAUUACAUCUGUAUAUAGUUUGUUGUCUUUCGUAACAUAUAACAAUAACUACAAGAACAACAACAGCCAUUUGGCUUUUCUUCAACUUCUACUUUCUCUUCUCUGCUUCUCUCUCUCUCCAUCUCGGCUUCCCGCGACCGUUUCUGAAAUAACACUAAAGGAACUAACCAUAUUCGCAAUGCCUUGACUCCUGGACAUUAUUAUGUAAAUUUAUAUCAAUUUCUAUAUCUCUCUCUCUUAUCUCAUAGAUAUAGAUAAAACAACUCGAUACAUAAUCUACACCCACACCACUCAUAAUAGAUACACACAUACAAUCUCUUCUCUCUCUCUUUUAUACACCCACACUACACAAAUAGACACAAAAAUCUCUUCCCUCAUAUACACCCCUCACACAUAUAUAUAUUAUAUAUAUAUAUAUAUAUGCGAUUUCCCCUCUUUUUUUUAUACACGUAUACACAAAUCUUUCUUCCUCCUAUCAUAUCUUCUCUCUUUCUCGUAAUCUCUUCUGACGAAAUAAAACACUAAAACAUAUAGCAACAAACAAACAAACAUUUCCUUUCAAUCUUAGUUAUUUUCUCUCACCCCCCUCUUAUCUCUCUCACUCUCUCUUUCUCUCUCUCUCGUUUAUAAUCUGUCCGUUCUUUUCGAUUUCCAUUUCGUUCGUUAUAUACGUGUGUCGAAGCUACAAUUCCGGUUCUAGUUAACAUCUCUAUAGCGUGUCAGCCACACAAAUGGGAACAAAAAUUGUCAAAUAAUAUCACCGAGGAAUUUCUUAAGUGAAAACAAAAUCAAUAUAACAAGCAAAGAGUGACUUAAACCAAUUAUAUACACACACACAUAUAAAACUUGCAAAAUAAGACGAAACGCAAAACAAGCAAAAUUCCAGGCGAUUCAAGAUGUGUAAAUUACUAUCAUCCAAUAACCUGCAUCUAUCCGGUUGCCUCCAAGAGGUUUAGACAGUUUGUGACUUUCAUUUAAGCACCAACAAUACCCAAAGACAAGGGACAAUAAGCUACCUAAGGCCCUUAGGGAACACACAGACUAUACAUAUAUAUAUAUAUAUAUAUAUAUACACACACACAUUACUCGCCCACAUGCAUACACCUCUUAAUUCAUAUAUAUAUAUAAUAUAUAAAAUAGCGCAUUUUUAACAUAUAUUUGUCUGCCACAACAACGAUAGUCAAACACUCCAACCUACUAAACAAGUAACCUAAUACUUUGCUUGUUUCAUUCUCUCUUCUCGUAGCUGUUGGUGGAGGUGUGUUAGCUUUAGUAGUGCCUGCCGGCUUUUUGGUGCUGGUAAAUAAUUAUUUAUUUGGUGUUAACCGAACGGAACCAAAGAUGCCUGUUUUCUUAUUAGAACGGAUCCCUUUUCCCAGUCUUCGGACGUACACGACGGGUAGCGUGCUUUUCUUUAGUUGUGCCUUGCUCUACGCCUGUCGGGAGAACAAGUUCGGUGUGUUCAAUUCGGCCGCCGACUAUGCACGAUCUUCACCUUUGGAGCUACCAGAAACGGAGGUCGGUGAUGGUGGUACCAAGAAAUUCGAAAGUAGCGAGUUGAAUGAUCCCAACGAGGAUGGUUUCCAUAGCUGGCUGCUAGAAUUAUUCGGCUUCAAAGUGUGUCGUCUUCUCGAAAAUGUAUGGCUUCUUGGGAUCUGUAUUAAUAUGAUAUACUGCACACUGAUACUUCUUAGCAAACUUAUCCAGUACAUCGUUUUUGGAGAGCUACGUAUCAGUGAACACCAGAACUUGAAAGAUAACUUUUGGAACUUUGUCUUUUAUAAGUUCAUUUUUAUCUUUGGAGUGAUGAAUGUACAAACAAUGAGUGAAGUUAUCAGUUGGGUUACCUGGUUCACUGUCCUUGGAUUUCUAAAUCUGCACACCCAGCUGUGUAAAGAUAGAUUUGAAUAUCUCUCGUUCUCUCCUGGUACUGCUCGAUGGGUUCAUGUCAAGCUGCUUUCUCUUCUUGGUGUGAUUUUCUGUUCUUGCAUGGGUCUGCUUGUUAUCUCAGGAUUUGUUGCAAUGCAAGCUGGAUUUACCAUAUUUGCAUUUAUGGCAGCAGAGUGCCUUAUCCUUGGAAUAAAGAUAAUGUAUGUUAUGAUACGCUAUGCCAUUCAUUUGUGGGACUUGAACAUGGAUGGAAUCUGGGAAAAGCGAUCUCUCUAUGUCUACUAUUCAGAGCUAAUAUUUCAGUUAGCUGCUCUUAUUGUUGAAUUUGCACACCAUUUUCACAUGCUGCUCUAUGGUAAGAUUUUCCUGAGUAUGGCUAGUUUGGUGAUUUUCAUGCAACUGCGUUACUUGUUCCAUGAGUUCCAGAGAAGGAUCAAGCGACACAAAAACUACAUCAAAGUGGUACGCAACAUGGAAGCAAGAUUUCCAAUGGCAAGUGCCAGUGAUCUGGAAAAUUGCAAUGAUGACUGUGCUAUCUGCUGGGAAAAAAUGGAAAAUGCUCGCAAAUUGCCUUGUGGUCAUCUUUUCCACCAUUCUUGUUUGAGAUCUUGGUUAGAACAGGAUACAUCUUGUCCAACCUGUAGAACUAUGUUAAAUAAUCGAUCCAACAACGAGACAAAUAGCAACCGGCCUGAAACUGAAGAAACUCCUGAAAACAACCCUCCACAACCACCUGGAGCUAAUCAGCAGACAACCAACCAUUUCUUCCAUUUUGAUGGUUCGCGAUAUGUCAGCUGGUUACCAAGUUUCUCUGUUGAAGUCACACAUACCCAACUUUUACCCAGCAGGCUGCCUGCCGCUCAAACCUCUGUAGUGGAUAGCAUGGCUCGUCAAGUUCACUUGGUGUUUCCUCACAUUCCUUUGAAUGUCAUCAAUGAUGACUUGCGUAUCACAAGAUCUGUUGAUCACACUAUUGACAACAUCCUGGAAGGACGUGUAACCAUACCAACACCAUCCCUGUCAGCAAACUCUUCUUCUACCCUCAUUUCAACCCCUUCUGCAUCAUCUGCUACUCUGAAUGAACAACAUGAUGUUCAGACUGCUGCUGCAGUUGUCAGUGAGGACCUAGACCAGGUACCCAGUGAGGAGAACAUCAAUUCUUUACAGAUGGAUGCUCCAUUCAAGAACGGUGUCAGUGACCUCACAAAUAUCCCUUCCACUUCUGCAGUGGUGGCGCCACACAGCACACCUCUACUCAGCAGCAGCAUGGAACUGUCUUCAGCUGAAAGUUUCCAUUCAUUUCGUCAACAAUCUCUUGUAUCCGUUUCUGAUUCAGCUUCUUCAUCCAGCAGUUCCCAUGAUGACUUCCCUACAUCUACGUGUACUGGAGGAAGAUUCUCAAAGUCAGCAAGUGAAAGAGAAGGGAUGUUACAACAGAGAAAAAACAAUAUGCUGGAAAAUGCCAGAAGACGUUACUUAAAUGUUCCGAGAGAAACAAACCGUGAAGAUUUGGAAGGCUAUGAUUCAAUUACUUCAGACAUGAGAGAAUUGGCAUAUCAAGCAGCAAGACGACGGAUGCAAGAACAGCAACCUCAGAACACAUGAAAUUCAUCCCCAGAAUUCAAUUGCUCCUCUCCAAAAUUUUCUUUUCUUCGUGACUUCUUAUUUCAUAUUUUUGUCCCUUUCUCUCUUUACCUGGAGUUCACUUGCUUUCUUCUACCCUCCCUCUAGGGUGUAGAACAUGCUACAUAACACCCUGCACCCAGUUGUCAUUCUGUUAGCGGGAGAAGAGAGAACUGGAAUGAUGAUGAUAAUACUCAAUAAAUAAAAAACACUUGAAUGUGAUCUGAGUCUAAAUGAGAAUGCCUGCUGCUGCUGUUGCUGCUGCUGCUGCUUCCCAGCACUUUUGUCUAAGCUACACUUUCGUAUCUGGCCUACAACAGAAUACCAAAACAUUGCUUUCACAGCCUGCUUUUUACAGGUUGGGGUGAGACAGUCAGAACACAAACUUUUGGAAGUUCACCUUUAUUGCAUUCACAUUGUUCUUAUAGUUAUUGUAAAGUGUUUUUAAAUCAGAACUCUAUUUUAUAUAUCUGAAUGCAUUAUACAGGUGAAUGCAAUAUU